AUGCAGCCACGAGCAGCGUCUCGAUCUUCUGGCCAGAGACGCCCGCGCCUGCUCCGAGCCUCGGUCACUGAACCCUCUCUCUUCACAUCCUCCACCGGCAGCCACGCCCUCGAUAUGGCACUGCCCAGCUCCUACCGCAGCAGUCACAUCAGCAGCGGCCACACAAGCCCAAGCGGCGUUGAGAGCAGCAACAGCAGCAACAACGGCGUCCCCGGUUAUAGUAGCUACCGCCGCGCCACCGACCUCCUCAAUCAUGUCGCGUACCUCUCGUCCUGUGCAACCUCGCCCGUUGCUUCGUUUUCGAACGGCGCUCUGUUUGACCGCAUGAGUAACGGCGGUGGCGGCUCGCGGCGGACUUCACCGCACGGCAGCGAGCGCCGCUCGUCGGCUGCAGCCGUUGUUGGUAGCCGCAACGGCACGACAGCCGUCAGCAGCACCGGUCCCGGCGGCAGCGGCAUGCGAUCUGCUGGCGACUCUUCUGUCGAUGCAUGCCGCCGGCGGGCCAAUACGGACGAGGUGUUUGGCUCGUCACCGGCCUCAACGCACACGAGCAGCUCUCUCGAUGAUCUGCAACACAGCCCUUGCUCGGCAAACUACUACAGCUUCCCCAGCUUCGACAUAUACGACGACAACCAAGACAAGGAAGACGAUGACGUUGACAACUAG